CUUCUCUAUUUCGUCUUUUUCGUUGUACUCUUAUUUUACUAUUUUUUUAAAAAACAAAUUGUGGCGGAGGAGUAGAGGUCUCCAAGGUCCGAUCUUUUUUUUUUCUUUUUUUCUUUUUUUGUGCUUCCCUGUUCUCCUCCCAUAUAGAGAAUUUCUGUUAACGUCGAUCGCAAAGAGAAGGAAAGAAGGAGAAUAACUUGGGGAUGGGGAGGGAAACGUCGUCGGAGAUCGAGGUCGUGGUGUCACAGACACGGGGGGACAACGCCGUCCAUCCACUGGAGGCGGAUCGUACCGCUCCACCACCGGCGCCGGAGCAACCGCAGGUGCGGUCGGUCCGCCGGUGGGUGCCGUGGCUGGUGCCGGUGUUCGUCGUCGCGAACGUUGUCAUGUUCCUCGUCACGAUGUACGUCAACAAUUGCCUGAAGAAUUCGCCGAGGCCCUGCGUCGCUCCCUUCCUCGGGAGGUUCGCGUUCAAUUCCCUCAGGGAGAAUCCACUCGUCGGUCCUUCCUCAUCUGCGCUAGAGAAGAUGGGUGCUCUAGAUGUGACUAAAGUGGUUAAAGAGCACCAAGGAUGGCGCCUGAUCACUUGCAUUUGGCUACAUGCUGGAGUCAUCCAUUUACUCGCCAACAUGUUGGGCCUGCUUUUAAUUGGAGUUCGACUUGAACAAGAAUUUGGAUUUGUGAGAAUUGGCAUGCUAUAUGUCAUGUCUGGGUUUGGUGGGAGCGUACUGUCUGCUCUUUUUAUCCAGUCACGUAUCUCAGUUGGUGCCUCUGGUGCGCUUUUUGGGUUCCUUGGAGGCAUGCUUUCUGAGCUUAUAACCAAUUGGACAAUCUAUGCAAAUAAGUUUACAGCAUUGUUGACCCUCAUAUUCAUUAUCGCAAUUAACUUAGCUGUGGGACUCCUCCCACAUGUGGACAACUUUGCUCAUAUCGGAGGAUUUAUUUCCGGGUUCCUUCUUGGAUUUGUGUUUCUUGUUCGCCCUCAAUUUGGGUGGAUUAGCCAAAAGAAUGUUCCUUCUGGAUAUCACACAGGGUCACUCAAACGCAAGCACAAUAUUUAUCAGUAUACACUGUGGAUCAUUGGUGCCAUCUUUCUAAUUGUUGGGUUCACUGUUGGCCUAAUUAUGCUGUUUCGAGGGGUCAAUGCAAAUGACCAUUGCUCCUGGUGCCAUUAUAUAACUUGUGUCCCUACUUCAAAAUGGAGCUGCAAGCCAUCGAUGAUCUGCUUUUCAGCUCAAGAUGAACAUGGUUUGAAUUUGACAUGCCAAGGCUAUGGAAGAAACCUAACGUAUUUCUUUCCUAGUUCAAGCGAAACUCGGAUAAAAGAACUGUGCAACCAGAUUUGCAGUUGACAAGUCCAUUCCUUGUUUUUUGGGACUCUAAUUGAUUCUUUAUGUUUCUGAAUAGAUGAUUACAAGCUUCUGUAGCCUAUCAGCAUUUUGUGAAAUGGUCAGAGAGGAUGCUUUUGAGAGCCCCUGUCCCCAUGGCUUGAAAUAACAGAUCAUACAUAGCUCGAUCUCUUAUAGAAAACCUCUGGGAGAAAAACAUGAUGUACAGAUACAACAUGGCUCAUCAUCAAAUUAGAAGUAAGAGGCAAAAAUCCUUGAUAUUGAAAGGAAGGCUAACAGAAAUAAAGAUGGUCACUAGACAGUUUUGUUCUC